AUGCAAGUAUCAUUCUGGUCUUUCAUCAAGGCCCAGUGGGCGCAAGUACCGCCGGUGGAGAACCAUGAUUUAACAGGGAAAACUGUAGUCGUGAUUGGGGCGAAUACAGGGAUCGGAUACGAGACGGCAAAGCACUUUGCCACGAUGAAUCCCGCGAGGUUGAUCAUGGGUUGCAGAAAUCGGGAGAAGGGAGCUGCAGCUGUAGGGAAUCUCGAAGAUAGUACAGGGUUUGACAAGGCCGAGCUUUGGCUAAUUGACCUUUGUAGCUUCAAAUCGGUCAAAUCCUUCGUGGACAAGUUGGACAAAGAAGUAGAGCGGCUUGAUAUCUUGGUUUCAAAUGCUGCUGUUAUGCCAAUGGAGUACGCAACGACCGAAAACAACUGGGAGACCUCACUGCAAGUCAACCACCUGGCCCCGGCCCUCCUCAUCCUUCUUCUGCUCCCAAAGAUGUUCCAGACGAUAGACACGUUCACCGCCGAGCCACGCGUCGUGAUUGUCUCCAGCGAAACACAUCAGAAUGGCAAAAUUCCAGAUAAGGCAUUCCAAUCUGCGUCCGCUCUUGAGGUUUUCAACAACAGGCAGUUCUUGCUGACCGUUCUCCUCACGCUGGCUUUGACGCACCAUCUCCCUUCCGAUCGCCGCACAAUAAUCGUGGAUUGCGUUAAUCCUGGUUUUUGCUAUUCUGAAAUCCGCCGUGGUAUACAUGGCGUGUUGCGUGUGGCCAUGAUGCAGUUAUUGGAGAUAUUGCUGGCCAAGACAGCCGAAGAGGGUGCGCGACAAGUGAUAUGGGGGUCGACUACUACCCCACAGGAAGGAGUCAAUUCCUUGAAGGGUGCAUAUGUGAGUUCGGCCCAAAUCACGGAGCCAAGUGACUUUGUCAUCUCAGAGAAAGGGAAACAAUUCCGCGAAAUACUGUGGAAUGAUACCGUGAGGGUAUUGUCCAAGGUGGAUCCGCGAGUACAAGCCACGGUUGAGCAGUAUAUGCGGCAGUAG